GCAACGCAAGAUGGCAGCCACCACGGGCUCGGGAGUAAAAGUCCCUUGCAAUUUUCGACUGUUGGAAGAACUGGAAGAAGGCCAGAAAGGAGUAGGAGAUGGCACAGUUAGCUGGGGUCUAGAAGGUGACGAAGACAUGACACUUACAAGAUGGACAGGAAUGAUAAUUGGGCUUCCAAGAACAAUUUACAAAAACCGAAUAUACAGCCUUAAAAUAGAAUGUGGACCUAAAUACCCAGAAGCACCCCACUUUGUAAGAUUUGUAACAAAAAUUAAUAUGAAUGGAGUUAAUAGUUCUAAUGGAGUGGUGGACCUAAGAGCCAUAUCAGUGCUAGCAAAAUGGCAGAAUUCAUACAGCAUCAAAGUUGUCCUGCAAGAGUUCAGGAGCCUAAUGAUAUCUAAAGAAAACAUGAAACUCCCUCAGCCGCCCGAAGGACAGUGUUACAACAAUUAAUCAAAAAGAAAAACCACAGGUCCUCCCCCUCCC